AUGGGGCUGCUCAGGCCAGACCCACUGCUCGUCAUAGGCGCACCGCUCACGCCCGCCGAAAUCGAGGGCGCCAUCCACCUCCCACCCUCGCACCCCGACCCUUGUUCCAUCCUCGAAUCACUCGCUCCCGGCUCAGUCCUCCGCCACUUUGACUUUGUCGCACGCUACGACAGGGAUAGCAGUUUCAGGCCGAGCGAGAUCGAGCCGCUUAGGAGGGAGAGCGACGGGCUGGCGGAUCAGGUCGUCGACGUGCUUGGGUUGGCGAAUGUCAAGGGGAAGGGGCGGGAUGCGCUUGUUGCGAUCGAGGAGUACUUGCGGGAGAAGGAGCAGGGUGCCGACAGCUGGACGAAGGAAAGGGAGGACGACCCUGUGUGGCGAUUGUGGGAGGAAAUGGCGAGGGAUCCGCCUGAGGGCGUACACGGGUACGGCUCAAUCAGCGACGGCAAGCACGACAAGCGUUCAACCCCUCUCGAGCCGUUCGGGGCACGAGGAGACUCCCCGCCCACUCUUGCCGAAGGACAAGCCGUUUUCUGGAAGUACAGCGCGCAAAUCUACUCCUCCCUCGCGCACUUCUCGCUCGCCGGGGGUUUCUCAGCGCCGAAACUUGCGUCCGUCAUGCGCGAGACGAACUACUUGACGUCCGACAUGCGGGAUGCGACGCACAAGCGGUUGUUGGAGACGAGUCUGUUCGUUCUUGAUGCCAUGACCGACAUGACGACCGGUUCCGGGCGAGGCUGGCGCAGCGCGUUCCGGGUGCGGAUGCUACACGCUCAAGUCAGGCGACGCAUCGCAAACGGCAAAGGCCGACACAACCAGUACGACGAGGCCGAAGCAGGCGUGCCGAUCAACCAGGCAGAUCUGCUUGCUGUACUCGGAGCCUUCAUGGUUGCACCGAUGUGGUCGCUUCGACGAAUCGGUAUCAAGGUUACUCCACGCGAGGAAGCGGCGUACCAGGUCUGCUGGCGGCAUAUUGGCUACUACCUCGGCAUCUCGCCUUCGCUCCUUCUCAAAGUCUACGGCACGACCUUUGAAGCCGCCGAAACCUACUUCGCCUCCCUCGCAUUCUGCAUCUUCCCCUCUGGCGCAACACCCUCCGAUCCGCACGCCACACCGCAAUACAAGAUCCUCUCGUCAAUUGCGAACCGCCCGCCGCGACCAUCGACAGUCCAGCACCACGUCGAGCUGUGCCGACUCUUCCUUGGCCCUUCGUUGGCGGACCAACUCGCGUUGCCGGACAGCCAGUGGCGCGAACGUCUCGCGGUUGACUUCGAGAUGUGGAGCGCAUGGACGCUGCUCGCGUUCGGCCAGGCAUACGCGCGAAUCCCGCUCCUGGGCGAAUGGAGGGGCAAGAGCUGGGAAGUCCGGAGGCAGAAGUGGUUCAGGUGGGCUAUUGAGCUCGUGGUAGUUUUCGGAUUGGGCGAGAGGAGGACGGUGUUUGCGUGGCGGGAGGCGGACAGGCAUGAGUCGAAGUUGCAGAAGGACGAGGGGGAGGAACCGGGCGUCGAGUUUGGCGCACACGUCGGCGCCGCAGUCCGCAAAGAAUGGCGCGACCUCCUCCUCGAGAUGGGCGUCGUCUGUGGCUCGAUUGCCGUCGCUGCGGUCGGCUGCGUCGUGGGGAUACAUCGUCUGCUCGCUUAG